AUGCGCCAGGCCAACGGGCACAGCCGCCGGAGCCGGGGCGGCGUGCGUGCGCGUGCGCGAGGGGCUACGUGUGAGUGACGCAGCGCCGUUGCCCCGCCCACCCUCGGCGCGCGCCGGCGUCGGCUGCGUCUCCGGGCAUUUGAAUUGCGCUUCCGCCAUCUUUCCAGCCCUCAGUCAGACGGGCGCGGAGACGCUUCUGGAAGUAGCAUCGCGAUGGCUGCGCAAGGAGAGCCCCAAGUGCAGUUCAAGCUCGUAUUGGUUGGUGACGGCGGUACUGGGAAAACUACAUUUGUGAAACGCCAUCUGACUGGUGAAUUUGAGAAGAAGUAUGUAGCCACCUUGGGCGUUGAGGUCCAUCCCCUUGUGUUCCAUACCAACAGAGGACCCAUUAAGUUCAACGUAUGGGAUACAGCUGGCCAGGAGAAAUUUGGUGGACUGAGAGAUGGCUAUUACAUCCAAGCUCAGUGUGCCAUCAUAAUGUUUGAUGUAACAUCGAGGGUUACUUACAAGAACGUGCCUAACUGGCAUAGAGACCUGGUACGAGUGUGUGAGAACAUCCCCAUCGUGUUGUGUGGCAACAAAGUGGAUAUUAAGGACAGAAAGGUUAAGGCAAAGUCGAUUGUCUUCCACCGAAAGAAGAAUCUUCAGUACUAUGACAUCUCCGCCAAAAGUAACUACAACUUUGAAAAGCCCUUCCUCUGGCUUGCUAGAAAACUGAUCGGAGACCCUAACUUGGAGUUUGUCGCCAUGCCUGCUCUCGCCCCGCCAGAGGUGGUCAUGGACCCAGCGUUGGCAGCACAGUAUGAGCACGAUCUAGAGGUUGCUCAGACAACUGCCCUCCCGGAUGAAGAUGAUGACCUGUGAGAAAAGUGAAGCUGGAGCCCAGCGUCAGAAGUCUAGUUUUAUAGGCAACUGUCCUGUGAUGUCAGUGGUGCAGCGUGUUUGCCACUUUAUUAUAUAGCUAAGCAGAACAUGUGCUUAAUCUUUGGGAUGCUGAAGCAGAUGAAUGGGCUUUGGAGUGAAUGUGGCAGUUAAAAAAAAAACAAAAAAAAAACCACAAAAACUUCAUUUUUUUGGACCUGCAUAUUUAGGUGUUUUGGAACACAGUUGUUUCCUCGUUGAGUUUCAAAUGUAAGACUGCUACAGUCACAUCACAAUAUUCAGUGGUGGAAUCUUGUUUGUUACUGUCAUUCCCAUUCCUUUUCGUUUAGAAUCAGAAUAAAGUUGUAUUUCAAAUAUCUAAGCAAA